GCCAAGCCGGUAGGCGGCAACAUGAAGGCAACCAAUGGUUGUCAACCACGCAAAUCAGCUAUCCAAUCAAAGCUUUCCUCGACUUCGCCGUCUCUGUCAUCUCAGGCCAAUGGUAUGCUUCCAUGUACGAGUUUCAGAGGUUGGAGCGUGGCUGGCGCUGAUUGGCUGCUAGCCUCUCGGUCACUUGUAAUGGGAGACCGUGCCUGUUGGAAGGAGUCGGUGUCAUGGGCUUUCAUAGGCUGUCAGGCGGAGAGAACUAUAGAACAGGCUGAUAUUUGUAAAAUUGCUGAUGGGUAGAAAGUAGAAAGUGCUUCCGGGGUAGGUGCAUGGGAAGUUUACGCUUGUCUCCCAGAGAUAGCGUUGUCACUAUAGUAACGCAAGUGUACAGCCGUCCUUUUAGACUCAAAACUUGGAUUUGUAAUGGGUCAGGGACAGAUUCCACUAGUGCACAGCAUUGGCGCCUUGGGUCAUUUAGUGCUCGUUAUUGCUUGUGAGGUGAGUGGAGAAGCUCAGGUGGGGUCCUGACCGAAUAUUGGAAGACGACUAUUCAUGGGUAGUUGGAGGGCAGAAAGAUAGAUGGCUUCCAUGAAACUAAACUGAUGAAUAAAAUUAGAAAAAGUGAGUGCUACUUUUACAAAUUAUAAGAGCUGAAUUUGGAAUACUCAAAUUUUGCAAUGCAAAAGGAUCCCAGUUAUUACUUUAUGCACAGACCACCAAUUUGCCCAUAUGUGUGUUCAACAAUAAAAGAUUUCCAAGAAGAGAGAAAUUAUUUGAGCAAAAAUAUAUUUGAGCAACUCAAUGACUUCUGCUAUGCCCGAGGAACUUCCUUCAAAGCUGUUAAUCUCAGGUGGCCAUUAGAGGGCCAGCCUUAUCAUGUAAAACCUUUCAAUGUCGCUGAGCAGUUGACAUUGUCUCUUGAUUACAUUGAACGUUCAUCACCUUUUUUCAUAUGUAUACUAGGUCACACUUAUGGGGAGUUUAUUCCUGAAGCUCAUUCUCAUUGCCCCAUUAAUUCUGUCAGUAUUUCAGAUUUUUCUGCUUUACCAAAUGUGGAGCAGAAACUUGUGGUGGCAGCUAAUAGUGGCUAUUCUUGGUUACUGGAAGGAGGAAACAGAGAGUGCAGCAUCACAGAACUGGAAAUCCACCAUGCUGCAUUUUCAAGAGAUGUUGGAUUUCAGUAUUUCUACUUCAGAGACCACGUGUUCAUUGAAGAACAAUUGCACAAGGCAAAUGAAGAAGAGAAAAAAACCAUUCUUUCCACUUUUGAAAGUGAAAAUGAUUAUGAGAGAACAAAGAUUUGGGAACUUAAAAUCAGAAUAGUAGAUAAAGGGUUUCCGGUGAGGUUCUUCAAAACUAAAGAGGAACUUGGAAAUUUGGUACUGAAAGAUUGGUGUAAUAUAAUAGAGAGAUUGUAUCCUCUCUCAGCCACUCCUAAAAAUAUUGGUCAUGAACACAGCCUUCAACAUGCUUACAACAAAGCUUUUGCAGAGUGCCUUUGCAAGGAUUUUGUGCCAACAGAACAAUCAAAUAAACUACUUACAGUCCUGGAUGACUUUGUGUUUGGUGCACAGGCAGAGAAACAAUCUACUCAUUCCUUGGGAUCUGAAAGCAUAGAUUGUGAUGUCUUGCAUAAUACAGCUGCAAGAUCUGGAGCCGCUUCUAUCCUGGUCCUAUAUGGAGAUCGAGGCUGUGGCAAGUCAACUAUUGCAGCAAAAUGGUUUAACUCAUUUAGGACAAAUAACCCAGAUAUCACAGUAAUCUCAUAUUUUGUUGGCAGUAGUGGAAGAAGCAGCAACAUCAUGUCUUUCAUGCGAUACUGCAUCACAGUGCUCCAGUGUGAAUACUUUGGUGUUCAAGCUGAAGAUUUGAUGAACAAUGAGAAUAUUACUGAUAUGUGGGCUUUCCCAUUGCUCCUGGAGGUUUUUUUGUCAUGUAUUACAUUAAAACCCUGUGUCCUGCUACUAGAUGGCAUUGAUGGGCUUUCUGGAAUUAAUGGAAUACCCGCAGAGCAAGCAAAGGGCUUUCUAUGCCUGCCAGUCAACUUGCCAGAUUACUGCAAAAUAAUCCUGACAACCUCUCCAACACACCUCUCCUUCAAAUGUUUAAAGGUUCGUUCAGAUGUUGUGCUGGCUGAAUAUGAAAAUGUGUGGGAUGAAAACAUUCGGCUGUGUAUCUUCCACAAACAUUUAGCAAUGCCCAGGAGGCAUAUUUCACAGGACUGGCUUAAAAGCAUUGUAAACAGGGAAAGAAAAAUGACCCUCCUCCAUCUUGCCUUGCUGGCAAAUGAACUGAGCACAAUAUCACAGGAUGGACCGCAGUACCUAAAAGGAUUUCUAAAAGCUCGGUCUGCUAAGGAGCUGUUGUCACUGAUCAUAGAACGCUGGGUUAAUGACUACAGUUGGACAUGCAAAAAGCAAUGUAAAGGGAAAAACAAGUCCUUUCCUGUGGAAAAAUGUAAUACAGGUAUGAAAGGCUGGGUAGUAGAUGUCUUGUGUCUGCUUAGUACUUCUCGUUGCGGCUUGAGCGAACAUGAUAUCCUACAUCUUCUGAAAGUUUUGGGAUACCAACAUAAAUAUGAAGUAACUACUUUACAUUGGGCUUCCUUUCGUUGUAUUACAUCUAAGUGGAUUAAGGAGAAACCUGAUGGACUUCUGCACAUUUGUCAUCAAACAUUUCGGGAUGUUGUUGAACAUUUACUGCUUGGUGUUUUUAUCCCAAUCAAUGAAAGUCUCAUCAUGAAUCCUGAAAGAAAGCAAUUUCAUGAAGUUCUCAUUGAGCAUUUUCAGCAUUUACAAUUUUCAAGACAAGUUUAUGAGGAAGUACCAUGGCAUCUUAAGAUGAUUGGUGAUGUACAUGGGUUAUCUACAUUUAUUUCAAACAAAAGAAAUCUUGGUGCGAUCUUUAGAAACACAAGGUUUGGACAUCAGAUAAAAAUGGACCUAAUUUAUCAUUGGCAGUUUUUGUCUCUGUCUGGAAAGGAUCCAGCUGUGGAAUGCCAAAGAAUGAAGGACAGCAUUGCAGAAGGUACAAAGAUAGAAUUUUGUGAGCUGGUGGAUCAGUGUAGAGUAUUAGCCUUUGCUGCUCACUGUCUGAAACAUAUUGGCAAGACCGCUGAAGCAGAAAAUGUAUUCUUAUUAGUUGAAACUCAACUACACUUGAUGGAAUCAGAAAAAGUAGUUACAGAAGUUACAGAAAUACUUUUGUGGGCACAGAAGCAUUUGGGAGAUCUGUAUCGUGAAAUUGGAUCUUGGAAAGAAGCAUUUUGUUAUUAUCAGAAGGCUUAUUACAAUUUUGAUUGUUUACCUACAGAAAAUGUGGAAGACGAUGGCAUAUUACUUGAACUCAAGGGCAGGCUAUUAUGCAAUUUAGCCCUUUUAAAUUCCAGCGAGUGCAGAGGUCAGCACAACCAGUACCUUGAAAAAGCUUUAAGACACUUUCAGUUAAUCCCACCUAAGCCCUAUGAGCAAGCUGAAUUAGAACUCUGUCAAGGACUUCACAGAUUUUAUUCUGGAGGCAUUUGUGAGGCUGAAAAACAUCUCUGUAAAUGUUUAGCAAUACGGAGCAAACUGUAUGGCAAGAAAAGCCUCCUUACUGGAGAGGCCCGGGAGAACCUUGCAGAUUUACAAAGUCAUCUUGGUGAAAAAAUGUAUUCCCACAGGCUACAAGCACUUGAACAUUACAAGGAGGUAAUAGAAAUAAAAAAAGCCAACAGAACAUUUCUGCAAUCAGUGCAAGCAAGGCAGAAUCUGGAGCUAAGCCUGAGCACUACUUUUUUUAAGCUAGGUAAACUCUUGUGUUGUUCUGAAUUUGGAAUAGAUAAAGAAGGUAUUGCAUUUUUAAAACAGUCAGCAGCUAUCAGAACAAUCAUUAAAGGUCCUGAUCAUCCUUUGAGCUGUGAGGUCCAAAGCUUUUUGAAAGAAUUGACAACUAGAUGUCCGAGCAACAAGGUGUAUUUUGGGCAUGACAACAGUGAAAAAAGUCAAAUGAACUCUGAUAGAGCUUGGAAUUCCUCCCUUCCAACAUACCCUCAUUUUAGAAAUAGCCAGAAAGCAAAUUCUCCAGGAUCAUUCAUUUAUGAUGUGUUUGAUAAUGAAGAGAUAUUAACAAGCAAGUGUAGCCUUAAAGAGACUGAAAAGCGUCUUCUGUUACAAAAAGAGAAACUACAAAGUAAAUCAAUAUUGCGCAAUUUAGAAAAACACAGGUACAUUCAAAGUGCCUCAACAUCUUCAAUAUCAACAUCCACUGGAAUAAAGCAUUCAAGCUACUCCUUGACCAGUAACCUUGCUCGACCUACAAGUUCAUGUGUGCAGUCGAUGACAGGCUCAAUAAGUUCACUUUCAUAUCUGCUUCCUUUGUUUAGAUCAGUUUCAAAAUCCGGGCAGUAUUCUUUAAUCCACCAAUCUGCUUGGUACCAUAUUCCUGGGAGAUAUCCAACACUACAUACUCCUCUUCCACCUAAAAGAAAUCAAAUUCGCAAAGAUGUCCAAGCAGGUUGGGAAAAUGCAAGACAAAACAUUUAAAUUUUAAAAUAUGGGUAAAAUUCUUCUCUAUUUUUAAUAUAAUCAGCUCCUUUGUUAAAGGUAAUGAAUACAGCAUUUUAUUAUUAGAGAAGGGUGUUAAGUUAAAUUGUGUGUUAUAACAAACAGAUGUCUUAUUUUGUUUUUCAUUAAGGUUAUAUGCUUUAUUUAAACUAAAAGCUCUUACUCUGAACUUUUAAUAUAUGUUUAUUUAGUUCUCUCUAACUAACAUAAUAAACAUUUACUAUAACC